GUAUGUCGAACCAGUUGGAAAUGAUGAUGGCUCGUAACGGCAAGACGCCGCCAAGCUUCCUGCCGAACAACCUGAACGCGCGCUUUGCCAUGAAACAUGGUCAGCUUCCGUCCAACAUGCUGCCCAAGGACUUGAACGCGCGCUUUGCCAUGAAACAUGGUCAGCUUCCGUCCAACAUGCUGCCCAAGGACCUGAACGCGCGCUUUGCCAUGAAACAUGGUCAGCUUCCGUCCAACAUGCUGCCCAAGGACUUGAACGUGCGCUUUGCCGCAAAGCAUGGCAAGCUUCCCAACACGAUGCUGCCUCACAACCUGGAGUCUCGGCUGAACAUCAAGGACCCGCAAGGACAGAUCUUGCAGAAUAUGAACAUGCAGCAACGCUUGAACGUCUUCGACACGCAAGGGCAGAUUCUGAGAAAUAUGAACCUGCGGCAGCGCGCCAUGUAUAUGGACUUUGCUGAGGGCAGAAUGCCAUAA